CGCUGACAGUUUCGCUAUUGACCUGAAACGAGUGUGUUCUGUAACGCGUGUAUCUUGAGGAUUUUCUCAAGAGAACAUUUCCUUCUUCUAAUGCAGAACCUUUUAUUUGCAAGUGAGUGAUACAAGUGUAAAAUAGACGGAGUAACGUCGAUAGUGGUCCAAUUACAUAAUCUGAAAACAAAAGGAAGAGAAGACAGAAAACUAGAGUGCUACCUAGAGAAGAUCGAAGAGAGAGGCUAAAGACAACUGUCGCACGUAAUUGACUCGGGUAACUUUGCAAGAUCUUUAAGCAAAAAGAGAAAGAAAACGAAAGUGUGUUUUUUCCAAACGUUUAUUUUUUCGUUUCGCCUUUUUUGUUAACACGCCGUCGCUGUUGUUUAGUGAGCUUCUUGGCUGAUCUUUUGAAAACGUAUAAACAAAUAUAUACAUAAAAAAAAACUUAACCUGCAGAGCGAGCUCUUAACGGUAAAAGAGGCACGAACUUAACCUCUUAGUGUGUGAGACAAAAAAUACCAGCAUAUUAAAAAAAAUCGCAUCUCCUGAGAAAAAAGAAGGAAAAAAGGAACACCACGUAUUCGAAAUCAGGCACGGAUCAAAGGGUCCAAAAAAUGGACUCGCCUGUCAUCGUGGACAAAGCAUCCGAAUUCGGAGAACCGAUUGAUUUGGAUCGUCCGUUUCCCGGGUUCCCAUUUGACGACGACAAUUUCGGACGACGCAGUGAUAUUCGUGCACAUCUGGACGAUCUAGCAGCCCGCCACCCAGAAUUCGCCGACCAUCUGUUAGGCCCACCUUGGGGUGACAUCCCCUUUCACGGCUCUUUCCGUAACCGAAAUCGUGACUCUGGAAACAGAGAUCGUAAUAAUCACCAACAAGGUUACUCUGACGAGGACGCACGAAGUCAAGCAAGCGGAAGUAGCGCUGCCAGCGGAAUCAGUGCCUCCAGUUCGCACGGUGAAGCGGACAUUAACCAAAAUCAACAAAAUAAAUCCUCCAAUUUCGAAGAAUCUCAUAGGAAAAGUCAAAUUCCGCAAUACGGAUUACGUAAUACUGUGGAUAUAGGUCAGCACCAUCACAACAUGGAAAAUCUUGACAGAGGAAAUCGUGGACAGCGUUCAAUGUCCGCUCCUCCAGAGAAUAGACAGUCUUCUAAUCAACAACAACCUCAACAGCAAGAGCAACAGCCACAGCAGCAGCCACAGGGUCAGAGAUACGUUUCUAGGAUAGAUAUAACGCCACAGCAUAACCAGCCUCAGCAACAGAAAUCACAGCAGCAACAAUCGCAGCCACAACCACAAACUCAGCAACAACAGCAGAAACCUCAGCAGCAAAGUAACGUUAGGCAUAUUCCAAUUUUUGUUGAAGGUAGAGACGAACCUGUGCUACCAAGAAGUUUCGACGACCCGUCUUCCUUCAGAAGAGCACCUUCUCCUUUCAGAAGAGAACCUUCUCCUCCGCAGUUUCAUGCACCACCACACUUUCAAAGAACAUUUGGUCAGCACUUUGGUGGAAGACCCCAUCAACGGCCUCCACACUUCCAGGAAUCUUUCUAUCAGCCACCAAGCGGCUUUGAGCAUCCUCCCAGGAGACAACAGCAGACACACACUUUCCAGCAGCCUAGACAGCCUCAGCAGCAACAGUAUUGCGAAAGACAGCCUCAACAACAAUAUUAUACUGAGAGACAACCACAGCAGCAGCAUUAUGAGCAAUCCAAGCAACAGAAGUCUCAACAGCAGGCUCCACCUCAACAGCAACAGCAACCUCAGCAACAGGAACCACCAAAACCUACCGUUCCAAAGGAUCCUCUAGAAAAAGUAGCUCUUGUACAGAAGGAAGUAGACUCUCUGGCUGAACAAGUUAAACAGUAUAGUGGUAACUCGAGGACAGAUAAAGAAUAUAUUUAUCUAGAUGAAAUGCUUACUAGGGAACUGAUUAAAUUGGACGAUAUAGAGACAGAAGGUAGAGACAAUGUUCGACAGGCGCGCAAGAACGCAAUAAAGACUAUACAGGAAACAAUUAGUUUACUGGAGUCGAAGGCGCCGCUUCCAUCGCAACAAGUAUUGUCAGAGGAACAGGAGAAACAAGAAGUUUCUAAUGUAACCGAAGAGGCUGGACAGACUGGAACACUAAACAUGCAUCAUAAAGGAGAGGAUCAGUCUCAGAAUAAGGAAGCAAUCCCACUGCCUCCUGCACCAUCAUCUCCAACGAAGAAACCUGAAGAAGCUAUCGAACCUUCUACAGAAAAAAUAGAGAACUCUGAUACUUAUCACGCUACGAGUCAACAACAGGAUGCUCGGCAGGUUUCCAGCGAGCCUAUUGAAACGACACCAGCGAAGAAGCCGGAAAUGACGUCUAUGGAAGUUCAGCAGAUUCCAGACGAAGCUAUUGUAACUGAACAGAAGGAAGUAGAAAACGCUCCCGGAGAAAAGGAACAGGAAAACACUACUGAAGUAAAGGAAACAGAUAUUUCUGCUGAAAAGACCACUGAGAACAUUCCCUCUGAGGGGAAUAAGGAAGUAAAUCCUCUAGAAGAAAAAAAAAUAGAGAAUGUUUCUGAGGAUAAAAAAGUAGAAAACACUUCCAAGGAAAAGAAAACUGAGAAAACUGAUAGUAAACCGCCUGGCCAAGAACAACAGCAGAAAACCGAGGAGAAAAUGGAGAUAGAGAGUAGUGAGGUAAAGCAGUCUCCCAGGUCAAAAAAAGGAAGGAAGACAAAAAAACAGGCUGCUCCAGUGUCUGAUAAACCUAUACCAUUGCCAGCUCCAGAGAACACUGAGGCUAGUGCAAAUUAGAAUAGCUGGCAAGAAGAAAUAUAAAGUGUCACGAUUCUAAUUGGACCAAAGGACGCAUCUCGCAAGUUAUUCUGUUGGUUGUCGCCAGAGCAGAAUAUCAUUAUUUUGGAGAACAAGCGAAGAGAAGCCUUUUUUGAUGGUCGUUAUUUCUUCUCUGUUUUGCGAUCAUUCUUGGUGCCAGAUCGAUAGGGACGUCGUGGAUCGACGUGAAAAUCGCACAAUCGUCAGCAUGGAAACCACGCCGGCCGGAAACGUUCUUUUGUUGUGUUUCGUUGCUCCUUCGUUCAAGUGGUUGCAGUCAGGUUCAAACAGGAGAUGAGUAUAUAUGUUCAGACAACCUUAUAACAUAUAGAAUCGUACAACGAAUAUCCAGCACAAAAAGGCUGUCACGCUGUUGCGUUGCAUUUGGACGAAACUGUCCCUCCUGAUUUCUACUCUUCACCCGUGCUGAUUUCAUGGGAAGUCAUAUGGGAAAGAACAUAGAAUACUCAAGGAAUUGUAUUACACGUUUGAUAAUGUUCAGUGCAAAGUUUGAUUGCACUCGAAGAAAUUGAAAUAUCGGUCUCCUUUUAGGAACAAUUCUUUUCUCUGUUUUUAUUAUUACUAUUUCUUAAUUUUUAAAUUAGUCACGUUAUUUAUUAAAUAUAUUUUUUCUUUUAUUGAGACGUUGAUUGACUAGUUAAUUGGUUAGAUAAUGACUGAGUAAAAGCAAAGGAAUGAAAAAGCAUUUUUUAGGAACCGAUAUUUAGUGUUUUAUAUAUUAUCGAGACUGGCAUAUAGUCAGUAUUGAUAAUAAGAUUAGUGGGAGAAAUUUGACACGAUUAUGAAAAUGUUUAAACGUGUUGUAUAAUGAAAAUGAUAACGAUUAUCCACAAGGAAACGCGUUGAGGAUGUCGGAGUCGAACGUUCAAGAAUGGAACGCGUCCGUUUCUUACUAUUAGUAUUACAGCGCACGGCCUGAAGCAUGAUAAAACUAACUUUAUUAUUAUUAUUAUUAUUAUUUCUAUUUAUAAUUUAUUGUGCGUCUGCUGAACGAUUCGAGCACGAUUUUCGUGCCCCUAAUAUAAUAGGUUAUUAAAAGAGGAUGGUUCAGGAAUUUAUAGAUUCUUAAUAACGAAGAGAAUGAACAAAAAAAUUAUACAGCUUCACAUAGUUGUGAUUUCUUAAAUAUCUCUGUAAGCUUUUUCCUUGAUAUACUAAGGAGGAAGAACACUAGUUUAAUAUGAAAUGUAGAAGUGAUUGACUAAUUUUAUAGUAUUUAUAAGAUAACAAAAUUAUUUUUACUAUGCAACAUUUUCACUCCAAGCACAUAUAAUUCAUAACAUAGUUAUCUAUGCUGUAUAAAAAUCGAAUUACAUACAGUUUAGCCUGAAACAAUCAAUUUUUAAGUAAAUCAAUUAAGUUCUUUUUUACUUGAUUUACUGUGUAGUAUGAAAUCUGUGAAUUUCUGAGCCACUUUAUUUCAAUCCCAUGUGCAAAUCUGUUGUCACGAAACCAUUGUGUGUGAUAUACGAACCAUGUAUGUAUAUAUUAAGAUCGUAUGUGUUCGUUUUAUGAAAAAUGAUGUAUCCCGUUCACAGUUACCUUAAAUCAUUGUUCGAUUUUUAACAAUAUUAAGAAACUUGAUUCUUAUCUCUUGAAAAAAAGAAAAAUUGUCGAUAACAAUAAUGUAUAAAAUACAUUAUUCUAUGGUUCCUUGUUCAGGGUGAUACUCAUCAUUAUUCUUCCUUUUUUGUUUCUUCUCAUUUUUUUCUUCUUUUUUUUUUUUGUUUCUGUAUGAUAUUUACGUACAUAUGUAUCUGUAGAAAUCACUUGCUCUCAAGCAGAAAUUUUGUAUUUUUUUCUGACGUGUGAGAAGUGCGCACACACACGCGCGCGUGUGUGAUCUGUGGUGUGUGAUGUGUGGUGCGUGUGUGGUAAGAAAGAAUAAAUGUAUUAUACAAAAGAAAGAUAUGUGAGAAGGAGUGGAUGAAUAAAUGAUCUAACUAUCAGUAGAACAUCAGUAUAAGUGCGGCGAAAAUGUAACUAUUUUAUGAACAAACGCAUUCGAUUGAAAAUACAAUCUGCUCGUUUGAAUCAUAUAUUGAUCCUAACCUAAUCAGAUCAUAUUAAAUCAUAUUAAAAAGUCCCCGUCUCCUGUGUUGAUAACCAAGUUCCUCUGCGUCCAUUAAUUACGUCAUUUGUGUAGUCCAUUUUUUUAAAGUGGUAUAAGUCUAAUUUUGACUUGUAAAUUAUACCAUAAGCUUCAUGAUAGACUGAUGUGUUCUCAUGUUAUAUUUUAAUGGUAUAUAGUUAGACAUAUUAGUAUCUCCAAAAAUUAUUAAAGAUACAUUGCUUAAAAACAAAAUUGCAUAAAUGGUUUUAGAUUUAAUGUAUACAUGUAUAAUAGAUUAUUACAAGCAAUUACAAGUAAAAAAUACUUAAUACCUAAUACUUACUAUCUACAGUAGUACUUACUAUAAGUAAGAAUAUCAUUGAUAACAUUAACUUUUGUAUUGCAAAUGCAAUUUUUAUAACUUUGCUUUUAGAAAUAUUUAAAUAUGUAUCAUGUAUCUCAGUACAAGAAAAAAUGGACUUCUACCAUUAAAAAAAGAAAGAAAAACCAGUUUUUCUAUAAAAGUUUGUAUAAAACGAUUUUAGAAAAUUUUUUAUUACAAUACGAAUAAAUCAUUUAGUUAUCAAACAAAAUAUUUAAUAUUGUAAUAAUUAAAUACAAACGAAAUAAUAGAAUUAAUGAGAAAAAUUAGAAAUAUAAUGAACAAAAACUAAAAUGUAAAUGUAGGUUGACAAUAUUGAUUUGUAAAAUGAUUUUGCUAAAAGUUUUGCAAGAGAACUGGUAAAUAUCGAAUUCGGAACAGAGUUUGGCUUGUGCCCAAUCUAAUAAACCGAAGCAAAAAUUUCACUACGUAAAAGAUCAUUUUCGAAAAAUUUUGGGAAUACUUGAAAUGCUUUUAAUCCUAUUUUUGCUACUAUAUGGGGGCAAAGAUAAAAUGUUCACUUGGACUACCAAAUCGACGACAAAGAAAUUCUAAAUUGAAGAAUCCGUAUUGUCUCUUACAUAAAAAGAAGUCAUUUACCAUCUGUAUAUGUACAUAUUCACAAAACUCAUAUAAAAAUGACGAUGUGUCUGAAAAAUGUGAAUAUAUAUGCUCAACCUAAACAAAGGUAAAAAAUUAUUUAAAAUGAGAUAUUUUUUUCGAAGAACGCAGCUUUUGUAGCGAAAGUUCUGGGUACCAACGACCUGCUAACAACAACAUCCACUACAUGUAUACGCUUUUUCAUUGCCAAAUUCCUGAGAAUUGUUUGAAGUUGUAAAAUUUCCUUAAAAUAUUGCAACCAUAAGCAAAAUAUUAGCCGCAAGCUUAAAAGGGAAAUUGUUCAGGAAAAAUUGGUACAUAAUACUUUUUAUAAUUGCAAGAAUCAUAAAAGAAAUAAUAAGGGAAGUUAUAAAAAAUGAGACAGCUUUUUUACUACUCAGGAAAUUUAAAAUUAUAGGUUAGGUUAUUUUUCAUUUGUUAAGAAAUGGCGCAGAUGGAUUUUCAAAUUUGUCGCUUUAUUAAAUCCAUGUUUAAGUAUGAAGUGAAUAAAAAAUAACGAUCACUUUAA